AUGGCGGAUGCUCGUGUAUCUGUCGAAGACAAUGGUGAUCAACAGUUUUCCCAUCGCGCAAUCGACAACGGCAACCCAACUAUUUACAAACCUACAUGGCUAGUACUCGACGACAUCAAUGUUGACCUCAUCUCCUACUUCGAGCUCAUCGCUAUCGUAGCCUCCGUUCUCUUCUUCGGUCUCCCGGCUGUUCUAGCCCUUCCGAUGGCAGCGGCCUUCCUCCUACCAUUGCGCCUUUUCCUUCCCCGACCUAAACCACCCCAGGGUCUCGUCCUGAUCACCGGAGCCUCGAGCGGUGUCGGAGCCGAGCUCAGCUACAUCUUUGCGGAGAAAGGUCACGAUCUGAUCCUAGUAGGACGGAACGAGGAGCAACUUGAGGCGGUUAAGAAUAAUAUCUCGGAGAGGUAUGCGAGAAAGACUUAUACGAUCAGUGCCGAUCUCUCCAUCCCAGGAGCAGCUCAAAAACUCUAUGACCAUGUCACCGAGAGAGGUUUCAUCGUGGAUGUCCUGGUAAACGGCGCAGCCCUAGGAGGCGCAGGCGACACCUUCGAACAACCCAUCGAACUGGCGGAGGGCAUGACGACCCUCAAUUGCACAAGUCUGGUUGUGCUUUCGCAGCUCUUUGGCAGAGAUAUGAUCAAACGAGGUCGGGGAUGGAUGCUCCAGAUCUCCAGCGUUGGCGGAUGGAUGGCUUCCCCCGGCCAAAACAUCUAUCACGCAACCAAGCACUACGUCCGCGCCUUCUCAGAAGCCCUCUCCGUCGAACUACGCGCCUAUCCCGGCAUCACUAACACGCAGCUCAUGCCCGGCCCUGUGCACACGCAGUUCGUCACGCGCGCGCACGCUGAUGAGACAGUCAUGAUGGGGGUGAUGGGUCCUGGCGCCUUGGAGGAUCCGAAAGCUGUGGCUAUGGCGGGAUACAGGGGCUUGUGCAAGGGCAAGAGAGAGGUGUUUAGCAGUUGGAACGCUGCGGCGAAUGCGCUGAUGAUGAAGAUGGCGCCCAGAAGUGUGCAUCUUACGGUAGCAAGUCUGAUGAAUGCGCCGACUAGGGGGAUGGCGAGGAUGAGGGAGCCGGAGAAGGAUCAGCGUGUUAGGGGAGAGAAGUUGGAGAUGAAGAGGGAGCAGUAA